UUUAGUCAAAGUGACAGUUGUAAACGCAAGCAAGUGUGACUUGAAAAAGCAUUUAAUCAAGAAGCGACACAAAAGUAAUUCGGCGCCAAAUCAGAGAAACAGACGACAACCGAACCGUGCCUGCAUUGCAGUACCAGCCAAACAAAGGCGUGAGCACCUGUUUCUCCGGCUGAGUGACGCCGUAGCUAGCUAGCAACGAUUGCUGGUUCAUUGGCAUUGGACCGUCUCUUUACUUGAAUAGCUAGCUUGCUAAACAAGUUGGCAUAUUGCUUGCUUUGGUGUAUUGGUCGGCCCCUGGACGCGUGACAUGCCCGUGUUUGUAGAAGACCCCGCUCAGUUCUCCAAGCCGAGACUGAAGUCGGAGUUAAUAGCCCACAACGUCACCCUGCCUGCGGUGGAGAGCAAGAAGCAAGUUUAUGUGGAACUAUAUUUGAAACAUAUCGUUCAGAAAAGUGCUGCAGAUUUUUCUAGUGAUGAGGAAGAUGACGAUGUUGUUGAAGUACAGGACAGUCAGGACUUUGAAGAGGAGAAAGAUCCAGAGAUGUUAGACCCCAGUGUACUGACAGAUGAUGAGCUCAAGACCACACUACUGAAAUAUGGAGUGGAAGCUGGACCCAUUGUAGCCACCACUAGGUCUAUAUAUGAGAGGAAGUUGCAGAGGCUACUAAAACCUGCCCAGCCCAGGCAGAACGGUGGCACAGGGGAUGCAGACCAGUACUCAGACAGUGAAGGGGAGGAAGAGUCGGGUUCACAACAAGGAAGCCCAGAGACGGUUUCAUUAAUGGAGGAAAACCUGCACGUUGACAUGCGGGUGUCGCCACAGUCAGUGUCUCUGAGAGGCGGUUGUGAUGUUGACUCCUCUUCGUACUCUAAGAGCUUCAGCAUUACUCAGAUGGUGGAGGAGUUUGAGAGUCGGAUCCCUCUGUCCAGUAGUGGACCAGAAAUCAAGAGAGGGAAUAACAGGAGUAGUAAUCAAGGACCUUGCCCCAGGCCCUACUGGCAGGAAGCGGCGACGGUGGACAAGUAUACGAUGACUAACAGAUCCCUAUUCAUCACCCCUAAGACAUCCCUUUUCAAACGGCAAAUCAAGGAGCCAGUCACAGAUGUUCUGAUGGAGAUGUUCCCAGAGACAGAACCCACACCAACUGGCAUUGCUGCCACCCGUCGGAGGCCUAUCAAGGGUGCAGCGGGGCGACCGGUCCAGUUUAAAUACCCAGACCUCCCUGCUAGUCCCAUGACCCUACAGCGAUGGGCAGUGGAGCAUCGCCUGGUUCCUCUGUGGGUCCAGAUCCUGGUCUUCUUCAUCGUGGCCUGCCUCCUCUACCUCAUCUAUGCUGCCAUAGAGGAUAGCUUGGCCAAUCCCUUUGUGGCUUUGCUGGACAACCUCAGCAUGGAGACGGAGACUGAGGGCCUGUCCCUCCAGGCUGAACCCUAGGAUAUUCCUCAGCUCGUUCUCUAGGGAGGCAUAAUUCCCCUGCUCCUCCUCAAUACUCCACACAUUGGUUUACAGUUGUGCGGAACAUAAUUUUGUUACCAUCAUUGAAAGCCUUUAAAAAAAUCUAUAUAUGGCUCUGGUGUCAUUCUCCUUUGGACAAUCCUGUUGGUUCGAAAGAUGUUACGGUGAACCUACUGUGUGCUGUUCAAAUGCAUACAGGAUCAGUGCAAGUGCAGAAAACGAAUGACUAGGCCUACAUUUUUUUAAAUAAUAAAAACAUGUAUGAAAUUUAA